AUGAGCAACCCGCUGCUUAUAUUCCCCUCUCUUUCUCGCCCUCCCUGGCAGCCAUCACAACAACAACAGCAGCACCAGCCAACACACCCUCCACCGCCGAUGCUGCAGAGAUGUGCAGGAGGAGGUGGACGCGACCACCAGCAUCACUUGCAGCUGAACACAUUCCCCAACCAACCAACCCAUCGCCCGCUGCUGCUGCUGGCGGGAGCUGGCUGCCUGCAGCUGGGAACAGGUGGCGACAGCACAAGUUGCAAUUUCGGCAGCAGCAGAGCAAUGGCAGCAGCAGCAGUGUAG